UCAUUGGCAACAAUUACAAGCAGUUGUAUAUUCCCCGAUGAUCACUGCCAUACGGUUUGAUUUAAAUAAUUACAAUAAAGAUUUCAAGACGUUUGUGUAUGCCUUGAUAAAACCAGAUUUCCAAUUUGAUUUAGUUCACUUGAAAGCAUUACCAUUCUUUAAGAAAAUUUGGCAUGACGAAAUGGAAACAGCCAUACCCACAAUUCCUGCUUUACCUAGCACAUCUACAUUUUUGAACAGAUGGCAAAAGGGUAAGAAUUUCUGGAGUUCUGUAUGCGAAGGACGAGUAUCAAUUGAGCCAGUGAAGGGAACAAACGAAAGUUUUAAAUUAGCUUACAGGGGAAGUAUGUCUCAUGUAACCCCUGUAGCCAUCCGGGACUCUUGUUCAUUCUGUGGUGAAUCUCGGAAUGAUAAUUUGGAACAUGCUCGAAUGCAUUAUUUCAAGAUAUUGGAGCCAAUUGGCGAUGAUGUGAUUGCAUCAUAUCCAUUAUGUAAUUAUUGUUUGAUCAAGUUGCGUAAUGUGUGUGAUUUGUUUGCUAAAUUACGAGUUAUCAAGUCUAAUGUGUUUAAACUUAAACCAAACUCAGCAUUUGAUGAUAUAGCAACCACAACAAAUACAUUUGGGCAAUUUAAGCGAUCAACCAGCGGUUCAAUUCCAAAGAAUGGAGAUGAAUCUCCAGUUACAACUCUAUCCUCGACAGAAACAUUAAUGAAUAGUCAAGUUCAACAGAUUGAAUUGGAUAAAGUUGAAGAAUCGAAGUUGAUUAAGUUAUACAUGAUGGUACUAUUGGUACGGUUAAAGAUAUUUUGGAGUAAGAUUGGAUUUUGGGAUAAUGUUGACCGAAUUAGUGAGAUUAAUUUGGAUGAGAUUCAUUAUGAAACCUUUGAAUAUUUAAUUCCUAAACUGGAAUCAAGGGCAAGUACAGCUGACAAAAAUGAAGGAGAGCAGGAGGAAGAGCAGGGGGCCAAGGUCGCAUCUGAAACUGCUAAGGGGGAAACUGAAGAUGUGGAUGCUGGUGCUCAUGAUGAUUCUAGAUCUGAUGCCGAAGAAUUUAUUGAUACGCAAGAUAAAUUCGAACAAAGUACUGUGGACGAACACGCUGAGCAAGCACCGCCAGCAAAUAAUGAGAAUAGCCACGAACAAGAAACAAAGCCCGAAGAAGAACUGGAGCCAGUUGAAUCUAGCGAAAGCCAAGAUACACAAGAGACACAACAGGAAAGAGACGAAGGGGAGCCUGGGGCAACUGAAAUGUACCGUUCUAAUUCGAAGAAAUUUAGAGCCAAAAUGGACAGCGAUCUAGAUCACACGUUAGAGAUGUUGGCUGAAAAUAUUGAAGUAAACACUGUCGAGUAAGGGCUUUUACUAGAUAUGCGACAAUUAAUCGGGGUUAGAUCUUGUGUGUCACAUGAAGAGGGGGGGGUUUCGUGUCUAUUGCCGAGCGAUACGUUUGCCAGCAUAUGAGAAGUGGCAAUGGCGCAAAAUUUCUUUUCCAAUGUAGAUAGAAAAAGGAUACUUUUCUUCGUUUAGUUCUUUUUGCUCAUGUAAUUUAUAAAUAAGGUUUGGAUGCAUUCUUCGUAGGCAACCACAUACUUUUGAAAGGAAUUUACUACCGAGCACGCAUAUAAAAUAUAAAUACAUUGAUGGCGAU